CAACAAUAUAAUGUAAUUACUAUAGGAUGACAACCCAACUCCAACGAACUGUCUGUUUACUUGGUCUUCUAUUAAAGUCAUAAGGUUUACUUGAUGGUCUUUUCUGAGAACAGGUAGAUGGACUGGUAUCAUCCGGUACCUGCAUGAAGAGUAUCUGUAUAUCAAAUUGUUUCGUUAUCCAUGACAGGUUGCUGGGCUCACCGCUCUUGCUGAUGUCCAUGUUCGCGCGGCGCUGGCUUUUCGGUGACGUCGGAUGUGUCUUUUACGCGUUCUGGAUGACCUUGCUCGGCGUGACGACCAUCUCACUAUUCACCGGUAGCAUCGUCGUUAUCGAAAUAAUCUUGAAAUGCAUCUACGCCAACCUUGUUUAUAAAAGUUCUAUCAAUAUUGCAGUUAUCUCCAUAUGCCGAUACAUCAUCGUGUGCCAGUCGCAGUUCAAAUCCCGUCUAACGCCCGCUUUGUGCAACCUUGUCGGUGUUGGUUGCUUCCUGCAUGGGCUGGUGUGGGCGGUCGUGCCGCUCACUGGGAUCGGUCACACGGGGUAUGUGUACGAGCCGGCUGGUCUGUCGUGCACGCCCGACUGGGACCCGCCAAACAUUGGCUACAUUUCCGGCCUGUUCACAGCCUCAUUCGUCCUUCCUGUCUCAAUAGCCUCAUUCUCCUUUGUACAGAUAAAACGAAAGGCCCGUCGUAACCGGCUGCGCCCCCCGGUUUCAAGCCGGUACAUUCAAAUGGAGCAGGACCUCACCGUUCUCUGCGUCGUCACCAUGGCAAUGUUCCUGUUCUCCUGGACACCAUAUGCAGUAAUAGCGUACCUCCAUACUCUGGGAAUUGCUAGCGGAAUUGUCACCCCUGAACUCUCGCUUGUCCCCCUUGUCUGUGCAAAGACAGCGGGAUUUUGGAAUCCGGUGAUUUUUAGUCUGAAGAACAAGCCAGUGAAAGAAUACAUUGGGACCAAUAUAUCAGAUGCUUUAUCAAGAUUGAGGUCUGCCUUGCGGUGUGGGCGCAAGAACUUCGUUGGUAUACGGCAUUCGAGAGGCAGGAAGCCCGAUGUUAAUAUCCGGAAAAAUCCCGAGGACCGUUUCAGAACGACACGGGUCGAAGAAGCCGGGUUAAGGCUCGUCGAAGAGUCGAACGUCUAA